UUCAAAAAUAUUUUAUUUUCUGGAAUAGCCAUAAUGUCUGGAAUAGCUUUUCUCUUUAUUGCCCGUCUCCACGCAGGGGGGAGGCAGAAGCCACGAGACGAGAUAACACGGAGGCGCCACAGACCACACCCGCGGGACAGAAAGACGGAGCGCUUGAGGGGGCGGGAAGGGGUAAGACGUAGAAAACGCUCAUCAGCGGCUUGAGAAACGGGUCAGCGGGGGCUGGGGGUGGGCAUCGGCGGGGACAUUCACGGACACACGCACGCACCCCGCAGGGCGGGGGGCCCACCUCCACCGUCAACCUGGAUCCCUCCCGGUUUAAACAGAGCAGACAGGGGAAAAUAAAAUAAUAAUAACAAUAAACGCUCCAGAGUCCUCCGUGGCUGCCUGGAAGGGCUCCCACAAGUCUUAUCCACGGUGCAACGUGGAAAGAUCCUUGAGGCCUCCUUGAGAGUCCCAGAGAGAGCCGACGCUACAGGGUGCGUUUGGGGGGAGGUCCCAGAACCCUCUUGUCCCGGGGGCAAAGUCCCCAGCAUUUUCUUCUCUUCCCCAUCCGGGUGUCUUCUCGCGGCAGACGGGUUAAAAACCCCUCGGAGUGGGGACUGUCUGCAAGGAGAGCAGCUGGGAUCCCUUGGGCGUCUUUCUCCUGCACAGACGGGAAGGAAGGCAAAGAGCUCCGGGCGCGCGGGCGCGAAUGUCGAGACAAACCGGGCGGCAUCUGAGACGUGAAGAGGGUCGGACCGCAGCGGCGCCUGCCUUCACGGUGAUGGUGCGAUCUGAAGCUGCUUGGCCUCCGGACGCGUCAAGCCGGGAAUAAGCCGAGAGCCUUCCCGUGGGCGGCCGCGCUGGGCGACAGGGUCCCCGCCCCGCGAGCUCUCACUGCGCACGAGGGCGAGGCGGACGGAAACUCGCGAGGCACGGGGGCCAGGCAGGCGGGGCUGGGAUGGGAACGCCCGCACCCCUGGGGGGGUGGAUGGAGGUUGUAGGUGCCAGCGUGGACCCCCCGCCGCCCCCCGCCCCUGGGGAAGGUUGACACCGGCUCGUGGGUCCUGACCGCCUCGCGAUGGCUUCGCAAGACGGGUGAUGGGGAGAGGGGCUGGAUGCUCGCGGGGGGUCCCCCUCCACCCUGCACCCCAACAGUGAGCUGGGAUGGUAUGCCGGUUUCGCAGAGGAGGGCCCAUCGAGGGACCCUCAGGCAUUGGAUCUUGCUUCCAGCCACAUCAGAGUCGCGGCCACGCCUGUGGGCCACGCCGGGAAUGUGCCCACGGCAUCUUCUCCUCUCCUUGGAAGACGGGAGGAACGGAAGAGUCCAGGGCGACCAGCCUUGCUGCAUCCCUUCGGGGGCCC